AAAUAUUUGAAUUUGUUUUUACCGACCGAGCCAGUAUUUAUUUUUAGUUAUUACAUUUAAUUUUGUAACAAGUAUUUUAUAAAUUGUUGAUUAUUAAAUAACUAAUUAUUUAAAAUGAGUAAUGAACUUCGCAGAGAGGUACUUAAAACAUUCAAAAAAUUACACCGUACACGUUUAAAUAUUUUUAAAGGAGACUUGUAUGCAUUAUCAUUUACAAGGAAUAAAAUAAAUGAUGAGUAUAAAAAAUAUAAAAAUGUUGCUGAUGAGAAUGCAAUUAAUGAGCUCAACAAAUUUGCAAACGAAGUAGAACAUGAAGUCCGAACAACAAUAAUCCAAGCCGUAGAAACAAAACCCGGGACAUUUGAAUUAAAUGUAAGGAAAGAGCAUUUGAUUGACAAUGUGCCGGCUCCAGGAACUCCGCUUCCAAAACCAGAGCGUCGAUGUCGUGAUAUUAAAUUUAAAAAAUGA